AUGGUUCGCCUACGGUAUUUUACCUCUUCUUCACUUUCUUCCUACAAUUCAUUACUAAAUCGUGGAAUUUUAUUGCAAAGAAAUUCUCCAACAAUUAAAUAUUCUUUUUCAAUCAUACAAAAAUAUAAAUUUUCAUCAACUACAAUAACGAAAAAAGUAGUAGAUAAAGACAAUAAUAAUAAUGGUUCUUCUGUUGUUGCUAAUAAUAAUAAUUUAGAAGAGAGUAAAAAAAUUACUGAAAUUUAUAAACAGUCAGUUAAUCGAGAUGUCACUUGGUCAAAAAGUCAAAGACCUAGAAAAGAUGCUUUAGUUGGACCUCGUUUUGAACAAACUGAUCUUGAUGCACAACCAAGACCGUUAUCAGCAAUUGAAUUAAUUGGAGAAGAACCAAUUCAUUAUGUAGAAGGAAGAAUUGCUGUUUGUCAUGGGGGCGAUGGAAAUUUAGGUCAUCCGCAAGAUCAACCAGGGUCUCAUGCAUGUGGUUAUUGUGGAAUAAGGUUUGAACAAAAACAUCUUCAUCAUCAUUAA